GAAGUACAUCGCUUGAAUCAGACCGCUAUUAUUUUUCUGCAUUAGUAGCGCGUAGCGGCCACUCUGAAUGAUCUAGAAACGCAUUUAGCUGACUUAGUAUUUUGUUAUAUACUUCUUUUAUUUCAAGCCCCGUUAUUUCUACAGUAAAGCGGGAUUAAUCAUGUCCAGGAGGCGACACAGUGAUGAUGGGGACGGAGGUCAAGCCCAUAAAAGGAGGAGAACAUCAGAACCUAUUGAGAUUGAAGACCGACUGGAGUCACUGAUAUGUCGUGUUGGGGAGAAGAGUACAUCAUCCCUUGAGAGCAACUUGGAGGGUCUUGCAGGAGUCUUAGAGGCAGACCUCCCGAACUACAAAAAUAAAAUCUUGCGCAUUUUGUGUGCUGUUAGUGCCCGCCUCCUACCUGAGAAGCUAACUGUGUAUACAACUUUAGUCGGCCUCCUCAAUGCCAGGAACUACAACUUUGGGGGCGAGUUUGUGGAGGCCAUGAUCAGACAACUCAAGGAGACGCUGAAAAACAACUUGUACAAUGAAGCUGUUUAUUUGGUGCGUUUCCUGUCUGACUUGGUCAACUGUCAUGUGAUCGCUGCUCCCUCAAUGGUGGCAAUGUUUGAAAACUUUGUCAGUGUAACUCAAGAGGAAGAUGUACCACAGGUUCGGUCAGAUUGGUUUGUGUACGUGGUCCUGUCCUGUCUGCCCUGGGUCGGAAAGGAGCUUUAUGAGAAGAAGGAUGUGGAGAUGGACCGGCUUCUCAGCCAGAUCGAAGGUUAUCUCAAGAGGCGAGUAAAGACACAUGUCCCCAUGCUCCAGGUCUGGACGGCUGAGAAGCCUCACCCACAGGAAGAGUACCUGGACUGCCUCUGGGCCCAGAUUCAGAAGCUAAAAAAAGACCGCUGGCAGGAGCGUCACAUCCUUCGUCCAUACAUCGCCUUUGACAGUGUUCUGUGUGAGGCCCUGCAACACAACCUACCCCCCUUCACCCCGCCGGGCCACAUGCCCGAUGCCCAAUACCCCAUGCCCCAGGUCGUCUUCCGCAUGUUUGACUACACCGACGCGCCAGAGGGCCCCGUUAUGCCUGGCAGUCAUUCUGUGGAGAGGUUUGUCAUAGAAGAAAAUCUGCACUGUAUCAUUAAGACUCACUGGAGAGAAAGAAAAACAUGUGCUGCCCAAUUACUCAGUUAUCCAGGAAAAAAUAAGAUCCCUCUCAAUUAUCACAUUGUGGAGGUGAUCUUUGGGGAACUUUUCCAGCUGCCAUCACCACCUCACAUUGACGUCAUGUAUACCACACUGCUUAUUGAACUGUGCAAACUGCAACCUGGAUCGCUGCCUCAAGUCUUGGCCCAAGCCACUGAGAUGAUGUACAUGAGACUGGACACUAUGAACACCACCUGCAUAGACAGACUUGUCAACUGGUUUUCUCAUCAUUUGAGCAACUUCCAGUUUCGAUGGAGCUGGGACGACUGGGCUGACUGCUUGACAGUGGAUCUUGAAAAGCCCAAACCCAAGUUUGUUAAAGAAGUUCUAGAGAAGUCCAUGAGACUUUCGUACCAUCAGCGGAUAGUGGACAUCGUCCCUCCCACCUUCUCAGCCCUCAUCCCAGCCGAACCCGUCUUCAUUUACAAAUAUUUAGAUGAGAGCGCUUCUUCAUUACCAGGGUACCCAGUAUCUGUCACAGUUGGAAAUGCCAUCAAGAAUCGAGCAUCGAAUGAAGAGAUCCUCACCAUCCUUAAAGAAGUGCCCAACCCCAACCAGGAAGAUGAUGAUGAUGAGGGCGAGAGCUUCAACCCUCUGAAGAUCGAUGUGUUUUUGCAGACUCUGCUCCAUCUUGCUGCUAAAUCCUUCAGCCACUCUUUCAGCGCUCUUGGCAAGUUCCAUGAAAUCCUGAAGUCCCUGACAGACAGUGACGAGGGGAAACUACACAUCCUAAAGGUGGUGUACGAAGUAUGGAGGAACCAUCCACAGAUGAUUGCAGUGUUGGUUGAUAAAAUGAUUCGGACACAGAUUGUCGACUGUGCAGCUGUGGCCAACUGGCUCUUCUCUCAGGACAUGGCUCAUGAGUUCACCAGACUUUUCAUCUGGGAGAUCCUGCACUCUACGAUCCGAAAAAUGAACAAACACGUCCAGAAGAUCCAGAAGGAGCUGGAGGAGGCCAAGGACAAGCUGGAGAAACAGCAACACAAGAGGAGGGACAGCGGUGAUGAUGAAGACAUGGACAAGAACAGCGAGGAUGAGGAGGGUCAGCUGGAGGAGCAGAUCGAGAGGCUACAGGAGAAAGUGGAGUCGGCUCAGAGCGAACAGAAGAACCUUUUCCUUGUCAUUUUCCAGCGUUUUAUCAUGUUGUUGACGGAACAUCUGGUUCGUUGCGAGACCGGCAGUGUCGACAUCAGCACGCCGUGGUAUAAAAACUGUAUCGAGCGGCUGCAGCAGAUCUUCCUCAUGCAUCAUGUGACCAUCCAGCAGUACAUGGGAACUCUGGAGAACCUGCUGUUCACGGCUGAGCUCGACCACCACAUCCUGGCGGUGUACCAGCAGUUCUGCGCCCUGCAGCUCUGAGACCUACUCACACAUAACUACACGUGUGCUAAAACUAAAUUUACACAUUAGAUCUUACCAGCUCUUGCAUCAAGAAUCUCCUCAUCAAGUAUUUUUUAUUGACCUCUGUGUUGCGUUCGGUGCCAUUCAACACAUUCAUUAUGUGCAACAGAAACUGAAGACAUCAGUCAUAGUAGGAAAUCAACCAAUUCUUUAUUAAUUUGAGGUAGUAUUUUUUUUUUUUUUCUUUUCAUUUGUAGGCUUUGUUUAGUUUUGUUCCCCUUUGGUUUUUACUUCUGUUCAGUUUUACUUUUCGCUCGUAUUCUUAUGAAUGGGUCUUUUUAGUCUGUAUGGUCUGAGUCCAGGGCUGGAGUGAUGAUCAUAGGAAAUGAGUUUUCAGGUCGACUCUGUUUGGUUAUGAAUCGAGAGAUCGCUCUACUUUUUUAUAUUUGUUUUAUGUGGAAUUGGGAAAUAAUUAAAACUCUCCAGAGUCU